GUAAAUCUGAUACGAAUGUGUGUAUGACUGGAGGGCUAUAGGAAAAGGGCCCCCCAUAGUUAUAUAAAGGAUAGGUAGACAGGAAUUCCUUUUACAUCUUAGGUAAUGCUGAUCGUCUCAUAAGAAACCAUUCUACAAGAAUAUUAGGUUACUGCAGUUCAUAAAGACAUGUUGUGGGAACUGUAAUCAUCUACUGAUAACGAAAAAUAGCUCAUACCAGCAAUCAUACAAUUGGUUCAUAGGGACACCGCCCGUUGAAAACAGAGUACUGAGCAUGCGUAGAACGUGAUACUCUUAUAUAAUAGUAUGUUGCAAUGCGCGUAAUAGUAAGCGCGCACAAACAGUACUUAACUAUAACUAGUGCUGUUCAUGAGGAAAUGGCUACAAGCCAUCCAAUCAUAAUGAAGCUCAUGACUGAGCAUCCCCAGGAUGCAACAAGAUGAUGGGUGGAGUUAUGGGCAUAUAGGCAGAGGAUCUUUCCCAUUUGGUUGGGACUGUUCCACUGCUGACGAGCCGUGUGAUGUGUAUGCGCUGCCUCCUGAUGAAUCGCUGGUCCCCCGAUAUGGAGUGAUGAUGCAAUAUCCGAUGCGGCAACGGCCAUAUCCACUAUAUCCAAGUCAGAGGAUAGAGAGACUGAGUCAUGGCUGGAAGGUACAGCCGUUUGGGCUCACCAAAAAAGUAGACAUCUUGGAGAAAAGGCCACUUACAGAAUCCACUAAGACAUUGUGGCAUCGCCCUUGGUCUCCUUGGUAUCGUGUGGUUGGCAUCCUACGCAGACGGUAAUACACCCGGACACAAGCUGAGCCUGGCUGAAUCCAGAAAUUGGACGUGGGGAUGGAGAAACUAUUCUAAAACCAGGAAAUAGGACAGUGUUACAUGUGAAGCCAAUUGACUCUGCAUUUGUUCUUUGCAAACCCUACAGCAGCAACAACAGAAAGGGUUGUUCCAAACCAUGUUGUUGACGGGGAAUGAGGAAGUUUGGAGGACCGUGUUUAACUCUUUUGUAAGGGAAAAACACUGGCUGGACACCAAAGCGCCUAAAAUAAGGUGUAAUGAUACGUCCUGCACCGGUAAAUUGGUCUACUACAAUGUGACUAAAAGUAAUAUAAUGUGUAAGUUUGUAGUAUUACCAAUGUUAAUGGGCCCAGAAGGUAAUCAACAUUUUUGGGUACCUACAUUUUAUGGACAAGUAAUUGAUAGCAAUAAUAGCACACAUGAUUUAACUUUCUGUGAUGACACUCUUGAAGGUAAAAUCUGUAAGUUACAGUCUGCUGUAUAUGAGCCUUGCUUGUUACAGAACACUGUAAAUAAAUGCGAGUGGACCAUAAUGCCUACGUCAUACCGAUGGAUGGUUGAAGUAGCACCCCAGGUGAUAUGCGUAGUGACAGAUCGUCAGGUGGUCCCUAAAAUGAGGGUGCCUUUUGCAGGAUGCAUACACAACAUCACGGUUAUUCAAUGGGAAAAUGAAACUUUUAUGUUAAAUCCAGAUAAUGAGCUAAGCACCAAGGUGUUAUGGCAAGACACGGCUUUAGAAGUCCCUAAUUGGGAUCUAAAUUUGACUAGACUGAAAGCAAUUACAAAUUUGAACAGGAGUAUCACGGGACACAAGCUCUUUACUAUGGUAGUGUCUGAUAAAAUAGUAAAAGUAGGAUCCGCCAUAGCGGACGCUACAUCCCAUCAUUGGUGGGACAUAUUCAUGGGGUAUUCCCCAUCAGCCAGGACUACCAUGGAUUGGGUGGUUCACCCCUUGUUGGUAGUCAUGAUAGUAGUAAUUGUACUAUCUAUUUGGAAUUGUUAUGUAGCCUACGGUAUAUGUUGUAAAAAACGAAAAAUGAUAAUGGUUUCCUAUACCAACGGUCAGCAUUAAGGACCGAAUGUGAUGUAAAUCUGAUACGAAUGUGUGUAUGACUGGAGGGCUAUAGGAAAAGGGCCCCCCAUAGUUAUAUAAAGGAUAGGUAGACAGGAAUUCCUUUUACAUCUUAGGUAAUGCUGAUCGUCUCAUAAGAAACCAUUCUACAAGAAUAUUAGGUUACUGCAGUUCAUAAAGACAUGUUGUGGGAACUGUAAUCAUCUACUGAUAACGAAAAAUAGCUCAUACCAGCAAUCAUACAAUUGGUUCAUAGGGACACCGCCCGUUGAAAACAGAGUACUGAGCAUGCGUAGAACGUGAUACUCUUAUAUAAUAGUAUGUUGCAAUGCGCGUAAUAGUAAGCGCGCACAAACAGUACUUAACUAUAACUAGUGCUGUUCAUGAGGAAAUGGCUACAAGCCAUCCAAUCAUAAUGAAGCUCAUGACUGAGCAUCCCCAGGAUGCAACAAGAUGAUGGGUGGAGUUAUGGGCAUAUAGGCAGAGGAUCUUUCCCAUUUGGUUGGGACUGUUCCACUGCUGACGAGCCGUGUGAUGUGUAUGCGCUGCCUCCUGAUGAAUCGCUGGUCCCCCGAUAUGGAGUGAUGAUGCAAUAUCCGGUAAUGUAUUGAUUCUUACUCUAUGAUUGAUUUAUCCACGAUUUCACUGUAUACUCUAGAAAACUGUAUAGUGACCUAAGUAUUCAUAUAAUAAAUCAUUAAUAACAGAGA